AUGGCGAGCGCAGGAGGGGAUGCAGGGGAAGGGGAGUGGCUCAAGGUCGCCGAGCUCAAGGCCAUGGCCGGAGCCCAGGACCCACAUGCCAAGGAGGUUGACAACCUGACGCUUCGGAGGUUCCUGCGCGCGCGCGACCAGAACGUGGGCAAGGCCUCGACGAUGCUGCUCAAGUUCGUGGCGUGGAGGCGGGAGGCCGUGCCGGACGGCGCCAUUCCGGCGGAGCAGGUGCGAUCGGACAUCGCCGACCAGAAGGUCUCCAUGGCCGGCGUCGACCGCACCGGCCGCCCCGUCAUGCUCGCCUUCCCCGCCAGGCACUACUCAGCCAAUCGCGACAUGGCCACCUUCAAGCGAUUUGUUGUGUAUCUGCUCGACAGCAUCUGUGCCAGGAUCCCUCGAGGGCAGGAGAAGUUUCUGUGCAUCGUGGAUCUGAAGGGGUGGGGGUACGCCAACUGCGACGUGCGGGCGUACAUUGCGGCCAUUGAGAUCAUGCAGAACUACUACCCAGAGCGGCUGGGCAAGGCGCUCAUGAUCCACGUUCCUUACCUCUUCAUGAAGGCCUGGAAUAUGGUGCAGCCCUUCAUCGACGCCAACACCAAGGACAAGUUCGUGUUCAUCGACGACAAGAACCUGGAGGAGAUGCUGAAGCGGGAGCUGGAGGAGAGCCAGGUCCCAGAGAUGUACGGCGGGAAGCUGACUCCUGUUCCCUUGAGUUAGGAUGAACAUCCCUGCACGGAAGGGAUUCCCAAGAGGGACAUCGAUCGACCUCUGAUUUGGUAUAGUUGUGAAAAAAUUCAGGGGUAUCGACCGAUCUCAUGCCAGCCAUGGUCUGUUCGCGGAGACUUGGUUCCUGUGUGGCCUUCUCGUCGGACUUCUUGUGGAUCGUGACCCUUUUUAGACUUUCUUAGCCAUGUACAAUGCAAGAUGAUUGGAGAGGUAUUUAGAAACACUAACAAAUAACCCAUGUGUUGCUAUGAAACUAAUUCAAAUUGCUAAGAUUAUUUAAA